CAGGUGAUAGUGGUUUGUGAUAUACGGGAUACGUCGCCGUUAUUGUGCUGCUACAACGCAGGAUCGACGUAAGCAGCGGCGGAUGAGAUCUCCGUCCUCCGUCGACACAUGCUCGGAUCCUGAGGAGGUCCGUCGCGAAGGAUGGUGAGCUCCCGCACGCCCAACGCCAACGUCACGUCCACCGCUGACGGCGGCGCGGCCAACGACGGCGGAGCGGCGUCGUCGCGCGACGACGAGGGCCGCGCGACAAGCGGCGUCGACCGGGAGUGGAGUCAGAGCGAGCCGGCUUCUCUCUCGAUGUCGACCGACCUGCGCAAUCUCGUCAUCUCGCAUCUCUCGGAUUCCGGACGGUAUUCGUCGGCGAGUCCGGAUCAUCAUCAUCAUCAUCAUCAGGAAACUACGUCCGACGUCGCCACGAUCAAGAUCGGCUGCCACGACGAGGAGGAGAGCUACGAGGGCUUCGGGUCCGUCGAAGGCGACUCUGUCGACGACGGACCGGACUCACCGGGCGGUAGCAGUUCCGCGCCCUCGCCAACCGGUACCAAUUCUCGCAGAAAUCCGAGAAGCCCGAACUCCACCGUUGGAAGACAUUCCUGGCUGCGCACUUCGCUGCGGAGAACGCCUCCUUGUUCGAGCAGAAAAAGACUCAGCUCCAACGCCUUGGCGAGCCAGCUUUAUCGCAGUGGCAGCUUCAACAGCACGGGAAUGGGCUCGAACUACGAUGCUACGGAUGAUGUAUACAGCGACGUAUCUUUGGAGGACGUGAUGGAUCUCAGCCACAAAGUUCAAAUGAUUCAAGAGCAAAUGGAUGCCUUAGCGGAUACUAAGUCGGUCGGCGAAGAGAGGUAUGCUCGAGCGAAACAGGAAAAUGCGACGUUACAGGCGCGCAUACUAAUGCUCGAGGAGGCGGCCAAAGAUGCCGAAACGAGGGCCGAGGAGAGGCUUCAGACCGAGCAACGAAGGCAUCGGGAAUGGGCGUCCCGUUUGGAACGCGAGCGACAGUUGCAACUGGAAAAUUAUGCCAUUAAGCUGCAGGCUGCGGAAGUGGACAGUUCCAGCCUGAGGGAUGAAAUCGCGAGAGUACGCGAGCAGCUCGAGAGAGCAAGGGCGGACAAGACGCGACUCGAAAACGAUCUUCGGGAUGCCAGGAGGGAAGCGGACGCCGCGCGCGAAAGUGAACGUCACGCGAUAAGCCGAGCUAACGAGGCUCAUCAUCAGUUAGACGUUAUGAGAGAAGAACUUUCGUUACGAAGCGAGGAUCAACAGAGGCUCGAAGAAUUGGUACAGCAGGUGGUUCAACUUCAGGCUCGAAAUAAAAGCUUGGAAGAAUCUCGAGACGAACUGCAGGCUGCUGCGGCGCUGCAGGCAGGUCGUGAACUUUUGAUGCUGAAUCCUUGUAACAAUAAUGCUGAGAAAGGUCCUAGUCUCGCUGUGGAAUUGUUGGCCGGCAUGAAUCCAGACCAGAUUGAUGGCCAAGCAGAGUUUGGCGAACCAUGCACAAUGGCUGAAUUGAAACAAGCCUUGAAGGAACAGCAAGAAGUAAACGCGCAAUUGAGAACAUAUAUCGAUGGGAUAUUACUAAACAUUGUGGAAAAUUAUCCGCAAUUACUAGAAGUGAAGCAAACACACUGAAAUAUAACGCAUUGAGAUUAUCAUUAAAUUCUAAAUACUUUGAAGGCAAUUGUACAUUAUUAUCGAAUCCAACAUUGGAGCUUGGAUUAGAAAUUGGCUGAUGUAUAAUUAUAUUUUAUAUAUGCAAUGUUUUUUAA